UGAAAUUUUCCCAAUGUUUGGGGGCGUAGCUGGAUGGAAACACCGAUCAGAAAAGUUGAAAUUCCUGCUUUUUGAUAGGUUUUUCUCAAUUUUCAGCUACCCAGACACAAAUUUUUCCUUUCGAAUCAUAAAAAAUGAAUGCUCCACCGACAUUCGAAUCAUUCCUUCUCUUUGAAGGAGAAAAAAAAAUCGUCAAGGAGCAAGACACGAAAGUUCCCAACGCAGCAAUCUUCACAAUUAACAAAGAAGACCACACUCUCGGAAACUUGAUCAGAAACCAACUCUUGAAGGACCCGAACGUGCUCUUUGCCGGCUACAAAGUUCCCCACCCUCUGGAGCACAAAUUCAUUUUGAGGAUCCAAACCACGUCAGACUAUACCCCUCAAGAUGCUAUGAUGCACGCUAUCACCGACUUACUGGCCGAACUUUCACUUUUUGAAGAGAGAUUCAAGGACGCCAUCAAAGAAAGGAAGGAGGGAAUUGACUAAAACUUCAAGCAGAAUUUGAUGUCAUGACUUGUGAAUUUUUAUUUUAAGGUAAUAAAUGGUACAUUUUUUUUGAUGAGUUUAAAGAAA